ACAUACUAUUUAAUUUUUUUUUUUUACAUGUGAUUCCAGCAUUUAUAGCCAGACAAAGCAUUUGGGAAUCCAAAGGAAUCAGUGAAGCAUCCGCAAUGACUGCCAGAUGUUGGAUGCACUUGCUGGUUCUCUGUGCUUAUUUUUGGCCUGUUGCGAACAAACCCGAAUGGAUGUUACCCCAGUUCCCUUGUGAUGCCACGGUCAAGAAUACCUCAGAUGUCAUAUUUGACUGCAAAGGCCGUAGACUCAAAAAAAUACCAUCUGGGAUAGCAAGUAAUGCAACAGUGCUGAACUUAUCAGAAAAUCAAAUCAAGCAUAUUAAAUAUACGUCCUUUUCUGGCCUAAUGAAUCUCACUCAUAUCUACCUGAACCAGGCAAACAGGAAGCAGUCAGUGAAGAUUGAUGACAAUACGUUCAGAAACUUGACCAACCUGCGUGUGCUGGAGCUGAAUGGCAACUGCCUAUCGGCAGUGCCGCUCACACUUCCUCUCAGUUUGGAUGACCUCCAGCUAAAGACCAACAGGAUUUUGUCUUUGGAUAACAGCAGCCUUAUUGGACUGACAAAUGUGACAAGACUAUUGCUAUCCAAGAAUUGCUUCUACUGGAACCCCUGUGGGACAAAUAUGAACAUUGCGGACGGCAGUUUCAAGGCACUGAGCAAACUGCAGAAUUUGGACCUGUCCUUCAACAACCUAACCAACGUUCCCAAAGGACUGCCCUCAUCCCUGCAGAUGCUACAGCUAGCAUCCAAUCAAAUCCAGUACAUAUCGAACGAUGAUUUCCGUGGCAUAAAUCAAUUAAAAAUCCUCAAGUUGCAAGGGAACUGUCCAAGAUGUCAAAAUGCUCCCUUUCCCUGUGUGCCCUGUCAAAACGAGUCUCUUGCCAUUCACGCGGACGCAUUUGAAGAUCUCACGCAGCUCCAAACUUUGAGCCUGGCAGGGAACUCACUGACCAACCUGACCUCAUCCUGGUUCAAGAAUCUAAACCAACUUAAAGAGCUGUUCAUCUCAUUUAACUUCUUACAAACAGUAAUCACCGGGGAGGCGACAUUUCUGACAUACCUUCCCAAACUUGAAAAAUUUGAUAUCUCCUUCAACUUUUUACUGAAGAUCUAUCCCCAAACAUUAAAUCUUUCACAUUAUUUCUCACAUCUAAAGUCACUCAGAACUUUGCAUUUAGCGGGUUUAGUAUUCCAAGAAAUUGGAGCGGAGACACUCAAACCCCUGUACAAGCUUAAAAACCUGACUGCACUGGACUUGGGGACCAACUUUAUCAUUCAGUUCGAUUCCAGCAUAUUUAGCAAAUUCUCCAACCUGAAGAUGAUAUACCUUGCAGAAAACCGUCUCUAUCCGACUAAGGUGAAACGUGUGAUGCAUUCGAGUGAGGGAUACCAAUCCAUUUCAACAUUCAGAAGCCACCAUCAACACGAGCAACUCUUCGAGAUAACACACGGCCAAAUCAAACAGGAGUGCUACGAUUCCGGGCGAGUGCUGAGCCUCAGCUCAAAUAAUCUGUUCUUCAUCUCCCCGCAGCAGUUUGAAGGCUACAUCAACAUCACGUGUCUCAACCUCUCGGGGAACGGAUUCUCGUCAGCGCUCAACGGCACAGAGUUCUCCUCCAUCCCGACGCUGACAUAUCUGGACUUGUCCUUUAACAAGCUCGAUCUGGCCUACGACAAUGCCUUCAGCGAGCUUAAGAAUUUACAAGUACUGGACAUAAGUUACAAUUCUCACUACUUUCAGUCCUACGGCAUAACACAUAAUCUAAACUUUCUAAAAAACCUGCCUGUCCUGAGAGUGUUGAAUAUGAGCCAUAACUCUAUUUCCACAUUGACAACAAAAGAAUUGUACAGUCAAUCGCUGUCGGAACUGCAGUUUCAAGGCAAUCGUCUAGGGCAUCUAUGGAAAGAAGGGGAUCACUCGUACAUUACACUUUUCAGAUAUCUAACAAAUUUGACCCUUUUAGAUAUAUCUGGUAAUCACAUCACCAGAAUUCCCAACAGCGUUUAUGAGUUUUUACCACGAAACCUGACAAAGUUACGUAUAAGUCAAAAUUUCCUAACAGGUUUCAGGUGGGACAAGCUAAACCAUUUCCUUCAGCUUCAAAGUCUGGACCUGAGCUUCAAUGUCAUAUCUGACAUAAGAGGUAUGAACUGGAAUACUCCCAUCACAUUGAUCUCCCUGGACCUCAGUCACAAUAACAUCCACCACUUAGGCGAUGGCUUUCUGAAAGGCGCCAAAAGCCUCACGACUCUUUCCCUUAGCUUCAACAAACUGACUCUCAUUAAUCAAUCAACCUUCCAACUAAGCCCUGACUCACGAAUGCAAAAAUUGUUCCUGGGGAAUAACCCAUUUCAGUGCACCUGUCACAUGUUAGACUUCAUUCUAUGGAUUGAAAACACUGGUGUGCACAUCCCCCGACUGACUACUGAUGUGAAUUGUGACGCACCAGAAAACCAGAAGGGUCGUGCGCUCAUUUACUUUGACAUUUACCAGUGUGUGAAUGGCAGUCAUGCUUUUCUGCUGUGCUUGGUAUCGGGUUCCUUCAUCAUUGUUUUUUUGUUUGUGGUGACGAGUGCUCACUUAUUUUACUGGGAUGCCUCCUACAUCCUACACUAUGUGAAAGCGAAACUGAUGGGGUACCGCACUCUGAACUCGAGCCACAAUGUUUAUGACGUUUUUGUGACUUACGACACCAAAGAUCCACAAGUCUCCGAGUGGGUGAUGCGAAACCUAAGGGUGAAGUUGGAAGAGGAAGGUGAAAAACAUCUUCCUCUGUGCCUGGAGCAGAGGGACUGGCUUCCUGGUGUGCCCCUGAUGGAUAACCUCCUUCAGAGCAUCCGACAGAGCCGCAAAACCAUGUUUGUCCUAACAGAGGGCUACGUCAAGACCGGGGUCUUCCGGCUGGCCAUGUACCUGGCCCACCAACGGCUGCUGGACGAAAACGUGGAUGUGAUCGUGCUGUUGAUGCUGGAGCCCGUGCUGCAGCACUCCUACUUCCUACGGCUCCGAAGAAGAUUGUGCGGCAAAAGCGUGGUGGAGUGGCCUAAAACGGCCGCCGCCGAGCCUUGGUUUUGGCAAAACCUGCGUAAUAUUAUUCGGGUGGACAAUCAAGUCAUGUACAACAAGACCUACUCCAUGUACUUUACCAACAGGUGAUGCAGUCAGCAUUUUGUUUCCAACAAUAGUGAGGAAAUGGUCUACAUCUUGUUGGCAGCUUUGUAAAAACAUUGUUGAAGUCUUGCAAUUAUCCUGCUAAUGUUCAGUUAAUUAUGCUAUUUGGUUUUGUUUUCGUUUUUUUUUUUUUUUUUUUUACUACUUCCCUUUAAACCCAGAUUUAUGGUAACACAAUAAAUGAGAAUGCCUGUAUGUCAA